AUGGCUGACUUCAAGAUCUCCGCGUCUCUGGAAGGCCACGGCGAUGAUGUCCGUGCCGUGGCCUACCCCAACCCCAAUGCUGUACUAUCAGCUUCUCGAGAUGCAACAGUUCGACUCUGGAAGCUGGUCUCUACCCCGCCGCCGGCUUACGAUUACACCAUUACGACUCACGGCACAGCAUUCAUCAACACCUUAGCAUAUUACCCUCCAACGCCUGAAUUCCCCGAAGGUCUGGUAUUCUCAGGUGGCCAGGAUACAAUCAUUGAAGCGAGACAACCGGGCAAAGCAGUUGAUGAUAAUGCGGAUGCUAUGCUUCUGGGUCAUGGCCACAAUGUUUGCUCAUUAGAUGUCUGUCCUAAAGGAGGGUGGAUUGUCAGUGGAAGCUGGGAUUCUACGGCAAGAUUAUGGAGACUUGGAAAAUGGGAAUGUGAUGUUGUGAUGGAAGGCCACGAAGGUAGCGUCUGGACGGUGUUGGCAUAUGACCAGAACACCAUCAUCACUGGCUGUGCCGAUAAGAUCAUCCGAAUAUUCGAUACGGCUGGAAACCUCUUACGAAGCAUCAAAGACUCUCGUGACGUCGUUCGUGCCCUCUGCAAAUUGCCCCCAUCCCAUCCUACCGGCGCCCAGUUCGCCUCUGCGGGUAACGACGGUGUAAUUCGGCUUUUCACCAUUCAGGGUACACAAAUUGCGGAGCUACAUGGCCAUGAGAGUUUCAUAUAUUCGUUGGAUGUCUUGCCGUCUGGCGAAUUGGUGAGCUCCGGCGAAGACCGAACUGUUCGGGUGUGGAAUGGGACACAAUGUGUGCAGACUAUCACUCAUCCUGCAAUUUCCGUAUGGAGUGUCGCUGCUUGUAAAGAGAAUGGAGACAUUGUCACCGGUGCAAGUGAUCGGAUAACCCGGGUCUUCAGCAGAAGCCCAGAGCGCCAUGCGAGUCCGGAAGUGGUGCAGCAGUUUGACAGCGCCGUGCGAGAGUCCGCCAUCCCUGAGCAACAAGUAGGAAAGAUUAAUAAAGAGAAGCUACCAGGUCCUGAUUUUCUCAAGCAGAAGUCUGGCACCAAGGAGGGACAGGUGCAGAUGAUCCGGGAACACAACGGCAGCGUUACGGCCCACACGUGGUCGUCAGCCACACAAGAGUGGAUAGCGGUGGGCACGGUUGUCGAUGCAGCUGGAAGCGGGUCGAAGACAACAUAUGCUGGACAAGACUACGAUUAUGUUUUCGACGUCGACGUCGAGGACGGCAAGCCCCCUCUCAAACUUCCAUUCAACGUCUCACAGAACCCGUACGAUGCGGCAACCAAGUUCAUUGGGGACAACGAACUGCCCGUCAGUUACCUUGAACAGGUUGCUCAAUUCAUCAUCCAGAAUACUCAGGGUGCUACUCUCGGUCCGCAGGAGGCAGCCACCGGUCCUGAUCCUUGGGGUACCGAGAGACGGUAUCGCCCUGGGGAAACGGAAGCACCAUCCGUACCUGAGUCGCGGCCAAAAGUCCUUCCUCAGAAGACGUACCUCUCAAUCAAGUCUGCUAACCUGAAAGUGGUCGCCAAGAAGCUCCAGGAGCUAAAUGACCAGCUCGUGUCUGGGGGAUCAAAGGAAGUCUCUCUCGGACCAUCCGAAUUGGAUACAAUCAUUGAACUGUGCAGCGAACUCGAAUCAUCCGGAACCCUUAAACAAUCGCCAGCAGUUGAGGCCGGAGUCGGCUACUUGUUCAAGGUUGCAACGACAUGGCCAGUCGCGAAUCGACUCCCUGGUCUGGAUCUCCUCCGUUUACUGGCUUCAGCGACUCCAAUCACCGCAACGACAGCAUAUAAUGGACAGGACCUUGUGUCUGGUAUCCAGUCGAGCGGUGUAUUCAACCCUCCUCUCAACGUGAACAACGCCAUGCUCACAGUUCGCAUGCUGGCCAACUUGUUUGAAACCGACCCCGGCCGUGAGCUGACCACGAGCAAAUUCGACCAGAUUCUAGUUGGGAUCAAGUCUUCUCUGGCUAGUAACGGGACACCCAACCGCAACCUCACCAUUGCCAUCGCAACCCUUUACAUCAACUACGCCGUGUACUUCACAACUGAAGGUCGUGAAUCAGCACCAGAGUCCUCUGAAAGGGGCUUGGUGCUCAUCGAGGAGUCGGCCAAGAUGCUCUCGGGUGAGAAGGACUCGGAGGCAGUCUACCGCACUCUCGUCGCUCUGGGGACUCUGAUCAAGUCUCUUGGUGAGGAGGUUAAGAGUGCGGCUAAGGAUGUCUAUGAUGUCGAAUCGAUACUUGGAAAUGUAUCGGGAAGUGCUAUUGGGAAGGAACCGCGCGUGAAGGGUGUUAUUGGUGAGAUUAAAGAGUCAUUGGCGUGA